AUGGACCAGUACUGCAUCUUGGGUCGCAUCGGGGAGGGUGCCCACGGCAUUGUCUUCAAGGCCAAGCACGUGGAGGUGGUGCAGCUGAAGGCUGUGUUCCCGCAUGGUGCUGGCUUCGUGCUGGCCUUUGAGUUCAUGCUGUCCGAUCUAGCUGAGGUGGUGCGCCAUGCACAGAGGACACUGGCCCAGGCCCAGAUCAAGAGCUAUCUUCAGAUGCUGCUCAAGGGUGUUGCCUUCUGCCACGCCAACAACAUUGUUCAUCGAGACCUGAAACCAGCCAACCUGCUUAUCAGCACCUCAGGCCAGCUCAAGAUAGCGGACUUUGGCCUGGCAUGUGUCUUUUCCCCAGAUGGCAGCUGCCUCUAUACCCACCAGGUGGCCACCAGGGCAGUCUCCUGUCAGACCAGGCUUAGCAGUAACUACUGUCCUCUCCUUUACAGAUGGUACCGAGCCCCUGAGCUCCUGUAUGGUGCCCGGCAGUAUGAUCAGGGUGUCAACCUUUG